AUGUCGUCUCUACUUGCAACCCCAGCUUAUACCAAAAUCUCCCCAGAGUCUCAAGAUGAGCUAUCCCAGUUCAUCUCGAUAAUCACAGUGGCCUUCUCAGAUACAGCUCUCACGACGGCUUUCAUAGUGGAUAUCGACUCAACGCCACCUCCUUACCCAUCACCACUGAUCGACUCUGCCCGCCGACAACGGCACUUCUCGCAGGGCAUAUUGGACAGUGCAGCUUCGGGCGCUGAACUCGUACAAGCUGGCAAUUGGUCAGCAAUAGCCCUGUGGGAACCUCCAUCUUUCCAAGGGAAGACAUUUAUCGACUCGAAAGCACGUCCGCCUGCGCUGCUGAGCGAGUGGAGGGCGAGAGUCAAGCAGGCCAAGGCGAAGUACUUGGGCGUGCCGUGCUCUCGGGCGCCAUCCUCGUCUGACGAAGAUUCCAACUCCGACGCCAACUCCAAUGCAUCCCAGCUGGACCCGGACUCGGUACAAUUACGGCCAUUUUAUCAUCUCUCGUUCCUCGCGCGAAACCCUUCUGUCGAAAGAGUGCCCAGGAGUAUUAAUGCCGUCAUAACACCCUUCCUCGAGCGCGCGAAGGCUGAGAACGUACCAGCCUGGCUCGAGGCCACCUCCCUCCAAGCUGUCAAUGUUUACCUGCACUUUGGCUUUCGGAUCGUGGAGACGAUCACAGUGGGUAUAGGAAAAGUCAACGCGGCGGGAUGGCCGGCAGACGAUGGAGAGGGAGUCACAGCAUGGGCUUUGAUCUUCGAUGAGCAUCUGAAAAGUUAA